AUGGAUUCCGCCGCCGCCUCCGAUGCUGAUCAGAUUGAAGAAGAAAGUGACAGCAUAAGCUAUACUCCACUAUCGUUCUACACAAGUUCCACCGUCAACCACCUUGUACUCAUGUAUAAGGGUAAACCUCUCCGAAAAAACUUUAUUCCACUAUCGCUCUACACCACCGUCCACCACCCUGCUCCGACGUGUAAGCGAAACAACUCCUCUAUUUCUAUUCCCGAUGAUCUUGCUUUCUCUAUUCUAUCAAAACUGCCAGUAAAAUCAUUGAAGCGCUUUGCAUGCUGCCAUCUGCCUGAGACACCUGAUUGUUUUUGCCUCACUGAAUUCCAUUUGCUCCACAACAAACGCAAAUUCAAUUUGCCAUCUCCGUUUCCACAUUCUGACGGUCCUAAUUGUAUUCUCUCCUCCACAAGUGUUAACGGCAUUUUUUGUCUCGGCCUGAAUGAUCGAGAAAAGGUCAUGUAUGUAUUGUGGAAUCCCCUUACUGAGGAAUUCAUGGUCGUUCCUUCGAGUCCGGCUGAACUUAUACCGAAGCGCCCUCAAAGCAACUUCUAUCAGGAGCAUUCUUUUCACGGGUUUGGUUAUGAUCAACUUAGAGAUGACUUUAAGCUCUUUGCUGGUCUCGAAGUUUAUCUUGAUGGAGCGUGUCAUUGGUUGGCCUGGAAAUCUAUCAACAACAGCGCACUACUUACUGGAUUAAGUCUCUUGUCAUUUGACCUCGGUGAUGAGGUGUUCCUUACAACACCCAUCGGAGAAGAAUCUUAUACUCCAUACACUUAUCAAGCACGCUUGGCUGUGUUAAAUGGCUCAAUUGCUUUAAUCUCUAAUUAUCAUGAUGAUACUGUUUUUCACAUAUCUAUUCUCGGUGAAAUUGGUGUGACUCAAUCAUGGAUCAAACUAUAUGUUUCUGACCCCUUUCCUUCCCUCCAAUGGCCCCUAGUUGGAUUUGGGAAGAACGGAUGUAUUUUCUUUACCAAAAAAGAUUCUACACAAAAAGAUUAUGAACUAGCCUACGUUGACUUGAGCACCCAAAUAAUUCAGGAUGUUGGUUUUACGGUUGGAGAGGGAAGUACUUUUAUCACUGGUCUUUACAAGGAAAGCCUGCUUUCGAUUGGAGGAUCAAGUCAUUAG